CUGUUCAUAUCUAAGCAGGAAAAUGAAUAUAGUCCAGCUCAGCAAUGAUAAAUUAAAAUAACAUAUGCACACCAUUCCCAAUCAGUUUUCUUUGACAGAAACAAUAAUUUCAUUCAUGCAUUCCAAGAAAAUCUAUGUUGAUUAUAUCUUGGGCCUAAUUCUCUUAAAAUGUCAUGUACAAAUAUUUCUUUGUCAAGCCUGAACUAAUGUAUAUAAAGAAAAUAUUGUAAAAUUAUAUUUUCAUGUUUUUAUACCUACCAAUAUGAUGAGAAUGCAUACUGUAUUGGUAUUUCAAUCUUCAAAUUACCAAUAAUGUUGAUUGGAUAGUACACACCUCAUUUUUAAAACAAGUUAACCAUAAUAUCCAUGUUACAACACACCGGUAUAUAUUGCUAUAUAAGUAUUCUGUGUACAUUUAAGUGGAAAAAAUAGUGAUGAAUGAUGACAACUGUAUUAAGGUUUUUUAAAGUUCAUUUUAUAGAGAACUCUUAUGGAACAACUAAAAUGUUUGUGGGCUAAUUCUUGUGUAAAUUUCAAAAUGUCCUUUAUUGUACACUUUUGUUUAUAUGGUAUGGUAUUUUGAUUUCUGCUUUGUUAAAUGGGUAUCAAUACAAAGCUGGUCAUACACUUUUAAAGGCUUCUAAAGCCAGGAUUAUUUCUAAUUUUUCAUGUGUACUUAUAUAUAAAAAUGCUUCUGAUUUUAUUUUUGAAUCCAACACAUGAUGGCUUUUCUGAAGUGUUGUACAAAUUUCAAUCAUAUAUAAACUUCAUUCUUUUUUAAAAAGGCAAAUACUUAUUAAGUGAUUUAUUUAGAAUUAUUUAUAUUUUACUUUGACUUUUCAUAAUUUUAUUAAAGAGUUAAAACUGCUACUAAAGGAGAGAUACUUUAUCUUGAAAGGAAUGUUUGCUAGUGGCAAAAAUAAGAGCUAAUUUUGCAGAAAAAAAUAGAUUACUGUAGGUACUCUAUUCUAAAGCAUCAAAUCUGUAGAAAUGGAGUAAGAAUUUGUCCAGAUAUUAAAUGUGGUCUAGAAAUAUAGAAGAAGAUGCCUGUAAACUGGACUAGUAGAUUUAGUAGAGCUUCAGCUAGACAAAAAUCUUAUAUAGAUUUGCUGUUAUUGGGGGCUUCUAAAUGUUCAAAAAUAUUUCUGUUAGAUUUACAUAUUUCAAACAUACUGUUUCAAUUUACUUAACAUUAUAAAAAGAUGUUUUGUCCUCAAACGAAUAAAGGUGAUGUCAGUUCCAGGAAGAAAUUAGGAUGCUAUUAAUCCAGUUGAAAAAAAUCAUAUUGUUCAUUCUUUCUCUCUUUCUACACAUGGAAACAAAUAUGCAAACAAUGACAUUUACAAUUAGACAAUUCUUCUGUUCAUC